AUCCAGGCCGAGCAGAAGAGGCGAGACGCCAUCAAGAAAGGCUACGACGACCUGCAGGCCAUCGUUCCCACCUGUGAGCAGCAGGACUUCUCCAUUGGCUCCCAGAAACUGAGCAAGGCCAUCGUGCUGCAGAAGACCAUCGACUACAUCCAGUUCCUGCACAAGGAAAAGAAGAAGCAAGAGGAGGAAGUUUCUACGCUCAGGAAAGACGUGAUGGCCUUGAAGAUCAUGAAAGUGAACUAUGAGCAGAUUGUGAAAGCUCAUCAGGACAACCCGAACGAGGGGAAGGACCAGGUCUCUGACGAGCUGAAGUUCAAUGUUUUCCAAGGCAUCAUGGAUUCCCUGUUCCAGUCCUUUAACGCCUCCAUCUCAGUAACGAGUUUCCAGGAGCUCUCAGCUUGUCUCUCCCACUCCAGCUGCUGGACUGGGACGGGCUGUUCCUCUGCUGACCCUGUCUCCUCUCUUCCCCAGACGCUGCGGGACAUUGUCAUCGGGGUCCUGCACCAAAUGAAGAGUCAGCUCUACUGA